CUCUGCUUGUGCUCUCAUAAUUGUCAUGACCUGGGUACUCGGCUGGCCUCUCUAUGAUGACGAUGCGAUCGAAAUCGCGAAACAGCGUCAUCUCGUGAAAGUCCCGAAUGCCGGUGACUAUCAGUACAUUCAAGCAGCCCGGCUAUGGGUCGCAGAUCAAGUCGGCAUGAUCCCUAUACUUACCUGCUGGGUCAACAGCCUCCCUGAGCUCGUCUACGCUGCAUAUGUCGACUACGGGGACAAUCGUUAUCCUCCGACCAAACUCGUCAGCAAGGAGAUCAUGACUCGCGAGCAGCAUCGCCGCCUCGGGCGAGCUAUGCCACUCAGGGAUCUUGGCUGGUACCAGUACGAAGACCCGUCCGGUGUCCUAUAUGAGAAGACGCGUCACGAGAGUGACGAGGACAGUGACGAGGACAAUGACGAGGGCAGUGACGAGGGCAGCGAUGACGACAGCGACGGAGAUGCGUCGAUGAACAAUACCGGCGAUGAGGAAGAUUGCGGAGAAGACAGUGUCGAGAGUGACUAUGAGACGGUAACCGAUGGCGCGGGCUCGAAGUUGGACUUGCUGCCAGAGGAGUCCGGAACCUGUGAGGCAGCGAAGUCGCUGCCCAACGACUUCAAUGCAUGUUGCACCAUUGUUGGGCCGCAGCCUUGAUACAGGCUGUUCAACACGCCUUCUCUUAUCGUCUUACAGUGAAAACAUUGUGUGACGUCUGGAUAGUAGCCCUCUAUUCUCCCUCCCAUUUUGAGAUGUACUAUGCAUGUACGUCUCUCCUUAUUCUGUCAACACACUGAGUGCACUGAGCACGUAUUGCGAAUGCACAUGAGUUAGCAGUGUAUCUUCAUAAUUGAUUCCUUGUGUCCGAACAAAUACUUACUGGGACUCAUGUAUAUGUGUGUAUUCCUGCGUGUCCUUUCGGUAUUGCGUCGUCUCGAUAUGUAUCCACCAAACUGUCUUCACAUCCAGAGCUCCCCCUCAGUGCAAUUGGAACAUCCAACUGCCAUAGAAUGUAUGUUCGUCUCCUACUGUGACAAUAAUCCAAGUUCGGUCUAC